GGACUGAAGAACAGCUUCGUUUGGAAAGGCAGCAUGGACAUUUCAUUAUAGAAUUGUAAAAUUAAGAUUGUUCGGAUCCACUGAACAAAGAGGUCGCACAAAACAAGAGACGUUUAAGAAGCGUAUUACUGCGGAACUGAUUUGCACUGAGGUUGUGUUUAGGUCGGACUCUUUUUGUUGUUGUACCGUGCGUACAAUUCAGGACAAACCCGGAAGUGUAAAAAGGACGGGUUAGGAAGGAAGGGAGUUAAAGUAUUUUGAUGCUAAAAUGUACUCAAGUGUACAUUUAACGCAGAAUUUAAUUUAACAUAAGAGCAAUUUAGAAAAAAAAAGAACGGUGAGGUAGAUAUUUCCGAUCCCCAGUCAAAGCAGCUUCAACUUCCUGUUCCGGGUCAGUGCAGUUCUGUUUUGUUCUAAAACGGCGUGUGAUUGAUUAUCGGAUUUGUAAAGCUGUUUCAAGAGCCGAAAUGCAGCGACCACACUUCCGAGCUCCGCAUCCAGCGGCUGGCUCGAGAGGCGGAGGAUUUCGGACCCCUCCGCCCGGUUUGGACAGGGCAGGGGGCGGCAGGUUUCCCUCGCCGCCCUGGACUUUCUCAAACGGGCCGUAUGGACCCAGAUUCGGGUCGUAUGGCGGCUCUCCGGGGGGACACACCCCGCCCAGAGAGUUUAGCGGUACUCGAGGCGGUGGUAACGGGACAUAUAGUGGAAAAUCCCCGGGACACACACCGCGCAGAUCGAACGGUAGUCCUUCUUACAGACACUCGCCUUAUCAGAGUCCCGGAGCGCACAGCGGAUAUCAGGGUUCUCCGCGGACGUCCACGCCACACGGCAGGGAGAGAGGCUCAGACGAUAUCGAGAAAUAUUACAAACCGUCCAUGCUUCAGGACCCGUGGGCUGACCUCCAGCCUGUUUCCGUGACCCAGAUCAAGUCCAAAUGCAGCUCCCAGCAGCAGACCACACACACAGGCAGGACAGGGAGGUACUACAACAAAAACUCAACCGCUUAAAACGGACUUUUCCCUUUGUUUUUUUUUUUUUUUAAAUUAAAUAUAGAAUUCUAUUUCACUGGCCAACUCUGCAAACUGUUCAAGAGUUUGGACACAAAACCCUGGACUUGGACACACCAGCAGCAAUAACACUUCCAAUCCUCACUGUUUACAGCAUUUUCUUUUAUGUUUUAUAUCCUGGAUAUCUAUAUACUAUUGUAAUUUUUUUAUACAUUUGAUUUUGAGUAUAGGAUCCUGACAGGUGCAUACACACUAGCGCACAUAAUAAACCAGAUUUAUUAUUAGAUUCCCAUGGUAGUGUUAAACACUCAAAUGUCUUAUCAGGAAAACACACCAAGCAAACUGGAUCCCAUCUGAGCUUCCUCAUUCGGGAAUUAUUUGGGGAAUAAUGUAUUAAUAUUGAAAUAAUUUACUCCAGAUAAGUAAUUGUUGCAUUGCUGUGUGUGAACAGCAUGAAGAGGUUUAAUCCACCUCUGAGCUGAUGCUGUUACCAAACUCAACCAGCACAAACUUUUCUAGGUGUUUUAUUCUCAUUCUGUAUGUGCUGUAAAAUUCCUGGCUUUUUUUUCUCCCUUCCAGACCUGUUGUGUCUUCAAAAAAAAGUUUGCAGUGUAUUAGUUUUUAACAUUCUCAGGAUUUUCUAAAUUUUUAGGUACCUCAUCGAGUUACUCUUUAACUCGGCUUUGAAAUGAGUUUAUUUGAAGAAACACUGUAUUUAAACCCUUUGUUAAUGUUUUUCUUUCGAUAUCAGUCAUUUACUGACUCAGUAAACUUGGACUUUGAGGUGUCUUUGUGCUCGACAGUCAAAUAAGCAGACUGUCCAAGUUUUAUAUCUUUAAUGUUUUAAAGUAAAGUUCUUUAUGCAUUUACUUCCAUCAUAUCAAAUAUAAUCAAUUAUUUCAGUAAUGCAAAACAUCUGACUUUUUUUUUUUAAAGCUGUUUUAACAGGAGUAUUGAUGCAUCCAAGCUGCUAUUAUAGAAAAUCACCUUAAACAAUAACAUGUUAACACGGAGUGGAAUUUUCAGAGUUGUCAGAGACACAAGAACAACACCAGCCACAGAGUAUUAUAAUAAAAUCUCUUGUAUUCUCA